AUGGUUGUCCGUCAGUAUAAUGAAGAAUUAAAAUACUUAGAAAAAAUCAAUCCAUAUUGCUGGAAAAUCAAGAAAGGUUUUCAACCUAACAUGAAUGUUGAAGGUGUGUUUUACGUGAAUAGUACACUCGAAAAGUUAAUGCUGGAUGAGCUGAAAAACUCAUGCAGACCUGGUAUGACUGGUGGGUUCCUCCCCGGCGUGAAACAAAUCGCUAAUGUGGCUGCGUUACCUGGUAUCGUCGGGCGAUCUGUUGGUUUGCCGGAUGUCCAUUCGGGAUAUGGAUUUGCUAUAGGAAAUAUGGCUGCUUUUGAUAUGUCUGACCCUACAUCAAUUGUGUCCCCUGGUGGUGUAGGAUUUGACAUCAACUGUGGAGUUCGUUUACUCAGGACAAAUCUUCAUGAAAAAGAUAUUAAGCCAAUUAAGGAACAACUAACCCAAAGCUUAUUCGAUCACAUACCAGUAGGUGUAGGAUCAAAAGGUAUUAUACCCAUGAAUGCUAGAGAUCUGGAGGAAGCAUUAGAAAUGGGCAUGGAUUGGUCUCUUCGUGAAGGUUAUGUGUGGGCUGAAGACAAAGAGCAUUGUGAAGAGUAUGGACGUAUGCUUAACGCAGAUCCAUCAAAAGUGAGUCUUCGCUCCAAGAAGAGAGGAUUGCCACAAUUAGGUACUUUGGGUGCUGGCAAUCAUUAUGCUGAAAUACAAGUAGUAGAUGAAGUCUAUGAUAAAUAUGCAGCUGGAAAAAUGGGCAUAGACAGAAUUGGCCAAGUUUGUGUCAUGAUCCAUUCUGGAAGCAGAGGCUUUGGUCAUCAAGUGGCGACUGAUGCACUUGUUCAAAUGGAAAAAGCUAUGAAACGGGAUCAAAUAGAGACAAAUGAUAGACAGUUAGCUUGUGCAAGAAUACAUUCAGUUGAAGGACAAGAUUACCUUAAAGCCAUGGCAGCUGCAGCAAAUUUUGCUUGGGUCAACAGAAGUUCCAUGACAUUCUUGACCCGCCAAGCAUUUGCCAAACAAUUUAAAAUGGCGCCUGACGAUCUAGACAUGCAUCUUAUAUAUGAUGUGUCUCAUAAUAUUGCUAAAAUUGAAGAACAUGUUGUAGAUGGCAAAGUAAAAACUCUCCUGGUUCACCGUAAGGGUUCCACAAGAGCUUUUCCACCUAACCAUCCCUUGAUACCAGUUGACUAUCAGUUGACUGGACAGCCUGUAUUAAUAGGAGGUACCAUGGGCACCUGCAGUUAUGUGUUAACUGGAACUCAUCAGGGCAUGACUGAAACUUUUGGAUCUACCUGUCAUGGAGCUGGUCGAGCUCUAUCUCGAGCUAAAUCUAGGCGAAAUUUGGACUAUAAAGAUGUUCUCUCAAAGUUAGAAGACCUUGGCAUUUCAAUCCGAGUAGCGUCACCAAAACUGGUCAUGGAAGAGGCACCGGAGUCUUAUAAAAACGUUACUGAUGUCGUUAACACGUGCCAUGCUGCUGGUAUCAGCAAGAAGACUUUUAAAUUACGGCCUAUUGCAGUUAUCAAAGGCUAA